AUGAAGUUCCGAUUUUAAAAUGCUUUACCCAUAUAAAAUGUACAAAAUAUUAAGAACUAAUGUAUAGAUAAGUAUUUUUUUUAAAUGUGACUUUGGUUUUAUUUUUGCUAUGACAUCUUUAAUAAAGUGAUAAAUCUAUUUUUAAAUACUCAAUACGUAUGCAAAAUUAAAACGAACUGGCUAUAUGCCAUUUUUGAGCUAACAAGAUAUAAACAAUAUGGCUCGAAAAUAAAGCCAACGAUAUUUUGUUGUCGGAAAAAUGCAAAUUAUUUGAAAACUUAAUACAUACUUAACGGUUGCAGAGUUAUGAAAUUACUCUAAAAUGGAGUGGUAUCCUGAAGAAGAUGAAGAAGAGUUGAUGUAUUCGCCAGCUUUAUUGGCUCGAAGAGCAUCUGAGAGCUGGAUCGUUGAGCCACCGAUCGAGAUUACUCCUAUAAAUGUGACUAUACAACGAAAAAAAUCGCUACCAGAUUUUCAAGAUCUUCCACGUGCCACGGAAGCUAUGACUAGGGAGGAGGUGUCUGCAUUGGGUUCAGCAAGACGUGAAGCUGUACGCCGCCAAAUAGAAAUUAACGAAAGACUAAAAGCGAAUCCCCUACUUUAUAUUUUUAGUCCACAAGUUAAGGAUUGGUUUUCUCGACAACAAUUGGUGCUACUUGUGCUUUUUGUAAAUAUACUUUUAGGCUACCUUUUCGUGAAAAUGUUAACAUAGCGAAAUUUGUUUAAAGCCUAGUACACUCAUAUGAAAAUGUACGGUUUUAGUUAAAUAUCUUAGUGAUUUUAAGUUAUAUUCGAUUGAAUGUCUGCACAAUUUUGAUAAAAAAUAACAUUAUAAAUCCAGAGUCUUAAUGGUCAUUAUACUUAUAUGCUUUAUAUACUUAAAGAUUUUGUCGUUCACUAUUAUGCAUUUGGUCAGUUCGCUAGAGGACAUUAUUUUUAUGCAAUCCAAUCACAUAUUACAUUUAAAGAAUUUAAUAAGUAUUCGUGAUAUAGUUCACUAAUUUAAUGAUUUUGUUUAUCAGAAGCAUUGGACUAUUUCUGUUAUAUAUACUUUUGUAGGAAAUGGACAUAUACUUGUAGACACAAAACAAAAUCAAGAUAUUAGUUGCAUAUACAUAUGUCAUAGAAAAUUCUAAAAUAUUCCUUUCAUCACCCAACUAACUUACAACUUACAAGCUAUAUUUAUAGUAUAUCAAUCAUACCUUAAAAAAUUGCUUAUAUAGAGAAUCGUAAGUUCGUAAACAUAAUUUAUAUCCAACAAUUUUCUUUAAUUUAGAGUAACAACUAGCUGUUUCUUCAGUGCGAAUUGACCUAAUUGUAAGAAAAUAAAUAUUAAUUAAAUUCUUGUUUAAAUCCCUCUAUAAAAA